AUGAGAGUGGAACAGCGAUUUGUUACCCUAGAAAAUUACAUCUCCUUACUCCAAAAUCAAGAUGAACAAGAUCAAAUCACCAUUAAACACUUGAAUCAGAUUCUUGAGAUGCAUGGAUUUUAUAAAAUUUAUAAACAACAAAAGGUUUUAGUGGAUGCUGUAAACAGCAUAGAAGUGCUAUUGAAUCCAUUUCGUUCAACAAUCAGUGAAAAGAUAUCACCAGCUUCACUUACAAAAGAAGAAAUUGUGAAUGCUCUCUCAAUUUUAGAUUGGAAAGAUUGUGCAGUACAACGUAUUGAAAGCGUAGUAGUAAAUACUACUUCAGCUUCGGAGUGUUUGGCUAAAUCCCCCAGUGAAAAUCAUGGUAUGGAUAAGAGCUUUACACCAGAGGUAAAGAAAAAGAGAAGUUACACAAAGAAGAAGGAUAAGAAGGAAAAGGGUCAGUCGGAAUCAGGGUUUUCAACACCAGAGAAAGAACACGAGAGAAGAUAUAGAAAGAAGGAGAACAAGGAGAAGGGUUCGUUGGAAUCAUGGUUCGCAGCAUCAUGGGGUUCUAAGAAGACUAGGUACAACUCUAAUGAACCACCUACCGAUUUUAGUUCUAUUCCGCUUCUUGAAUCCCUUGUGGCUAAGGAUCCAGUGAACUUUGAGGAUUGA